GUAGAAGUGCUUAUUUUUUAUAUUAUAAGAAUUUCAAGCAAAACUAUUCCUCGACCAUGGAAGUAAUGGAAGAAGGUAAUCUAAUGGACAGAGUUCCUAUACUUUUGCAGAGAGAUCUUCAAUAUUAUCAGGAGCAUCAAAGCGUUCUUCAGGAACCUAUUUGCCAGGGGGUUGUUGGAGGUAAACUAGACUUCCCACGAUGUGCAUCUUUUGCUGCUAUAAAAAUAGUCGUAUGGUGGGAAGAGGAGUAUUAUGCAGCUUAUAGAAAACAUUCAGGCUUAUUGCACACUGAAACUGAACCAGGAGCUGAAGAAGAUGCUGCUACUGUUGUGGUUAAGGAUUCGGAUCCUGAUAAAUUUGUGAGUUUGGUUACAAAAUCAGCAGACCUUUUAAUGGAACAUCUGCACAUUCUGACGCAAGAAUCAUUAGAUCAUGCAGACUUGUCAGUACUGACAGCAACUAUUGGUGCAGCUGCUCUAAUUAAGAACUGUUUGAAAGUUUAUCUAUCGGCUGCAACUACAAAACAUUGCCCUCCAAGGGGUGAUGAGAAGGGUGGAUCACUAAAGUUAUCUCAAAAGCAAUACUCUCAAAUGGCUGAAGCACUUGCUGAACGUCUUCUAGAUCUGCAUUGUCGUAUUAUCCUGCUUUAUGUUGUUCAAGAUGCUGAUUCUCUGGAUUGGGAGGACACUCAGCCGUUCUUUGAAUCUGAAAGAGGCUCUUAUACAAUACAAAAUUGGUGGCACUACCUGAGGGGAACGAAGGAUGAUCUAUGGAACUCUGUUCCCCCAAAGAUGGCCCAACGUAUUUUUGCUGGAAUGCUUAACGAGACGCUAAGUAUUUUAACAGUUCGUUACUCGCAUAUAAUAACAAGCACAGCACGGUCUCAAUUGCAUCUGGUUGAUAUAUGCAACUUGCUGUUUUGCAUAUCUGAGCUUUUGCCUCACAUUAGUGAAAGCGGGGAGGCAUAUAUUGGACUUCGAAUAACUGAACAGAGUGUCAUAAUACGAGAUAUCCACGCAAAGUGUCGAGAGCUCUUUUAUUGUCUACUGCUGCGAGGUGCACCUCUUGGAGUCCUUAAUAAGGUUUUUCGUAAGGGCUUGGCAAAUAUGGAAAUGUUUUCAUCACGUCACGGCUUACCAAGUGCUUGGAUUAUUUUUGUUCUGCCUAGAUUAUUCCCAAAAGAUCACUCGAGCCAAUGGGUCACUGAAUUUUCUGAAUUAAAUGCAAACACUGCAAUUGCUUUGGAAUUAAAAGUUCUAUUGGGAUAUCCAGAGGCGGAUUGGUCAUUUUUAGUUAAAGUUAUUCUUAUGCGAGAUGCUAAGCUAACAUCCAUCAUCUUACCUCAUCUAAUGAAAUACCUUCCAGCAGCAGAAAAUUUUAAAAACGUAACUAAAUGGUCAUUUACCGAAUCGGAAAGUAAUGAAAAAUGCGGCGCAUUCUUGUGUCGUCGGGAGUGCUUUAAUGCUUCUGAACUCAUAAAAGAUGAGCUAGACCCCGUUGGACAGACAAACAGUCAAGUAGUCCUAUCGUUGACGUACAUUUUGGUUACAAUUGGCAAAACAACUGACAUAAAAACAUGCCUAAUAAGUGCUUUAGAAAAUGCUCCACCGACCUGGUGUGAUUGUCUUGAUAAACGACAGGUGUGGAAUCAAAAACGCCCACCCUGGUUAGAGGCCAUCAUGCAUCUGGUUUACCCUGUCCUCGAUUGCAUUGUUGAUAUGUUGAUAAAUGCGGUCGAAUGUGAAGCGAGUAUGUACCAAGCCAUGUCACUAGCCUUGACAUGUGUAUCCGAGAUGUGGGAAUGUAUUCCGCAAGGGCUGUAUAAAGUUACAGUUCUGUUACAGGACAUUAUUUCUGUGUCAACGAAGCCCCUGAGUGACUCGGUUUUAUUGCAAGUUCUAUGUGCGGCGUUGUAUACGGUAUUGAUUAAAAAUGCAGAAACAUUCGAGAGAAAUAAGGACGAAGCCAAGGCAACUAUAUGCUAUUCUCUUUCCGAGGCCAUUUGUUCGAUAGACGAGGACGAUAAGCACACGCAACAAAUUGAUGCAUUUCUUGCUUAUGCUAAGGAUACCUUUUUUUUUGACCCAGUGCUUUUAGAUGAUGGCACAAUAGUUGAUGGGAGGACGGCGAAACUAGAUGAAGCCAAUGAGAGAUGUGCGACUAACUAUCCCGCAGAACUUGAUGUUGGGGCCGCACAUUGCGUGCCCGAGAUGUUGGCGAGUGAUAUUUUGACAUCGAAUAUAGGGAAACAAUCGCUUAAGGUUUCCUACAACUAUUUAAAAAACAACAAGGAUUGGCUUUUCCAACAGCUCCAUGUCACGGACAUGGAUCCAAGUGACUCCUCAUCUAUUCAAGGACAAAACAUAACCGAAGUUAAAACUUCAAUUCUUAGAUCAAUGUUUUUCAUUGGCAACACACCUUUUGAUCAGCUAUUGACGGGAUCGCUGAAAAUAGAUUAUUCGUCGUGGUUGCAAACGCCUAUUUCCUUAAACACCGAAAGGGCUCGGUUGCAAAUCGAACGUCGCACUGACUUUCAACCGGAAGAAAAACUACCACCACCGGAAGCAGCCAUGGUAGCUGAAAUAACAAAUAUGUUGAAAAAGAAAAAAGACAGCGGAGUUUAAAUUUAUUUUUGUUGAAAAAUAGAAAACAAAAAUAGAGUUUAUUGAGUCAGAAAAGUUUUACUACGAAUACGAGUAUAUUAUAUACUUUAUAAUUUCUGCAUCUGCCUCCCCAUAAAAACGAAAAUAAAUAUAGCACUUUGUCUAUGAGCAUUUGACUCGUAUAUAAUAUUUUUAUGAAGGAAUCAGAAUAAAAUUUAAAGUUUGCGUAAUUCUGGAUGUUAUGUACGAGUAUGUCAUAAAUAA